UAAGGAGACUACAGACGGCAGAGCAGACUCCUUCUGUAACAGGGAAAUACUUUCAUUCAGUGCACCGUUGUUUCUGCAGCAUUAAUCAAAGACUGCUUUCCCACAUUGAACUAUUAGGGAAAUCUAGAGAACAGGACCAUUGUCAUUCAAAUUCAAGUGAAGCUUGGAAAAAACAUGAGCAGUGGGGAAUUCCUUACAUUGUUUUUGUGGAUACACUGGCUGCUGACCUGCUGCAGCGGAACUUUAGCAACUACUGAACCACCUAAAACAAGUGCAACUACGUUAAAGAAAACUGACUUUAACAAUAUUGAGAGCAAAUUUUCCCUAAGGACUUCAGAAGAGCCGGAUGAUGACACCUGCUAUUUAGUACCUGGCCAAGAACACACCGUUGAUCAAUGUAAUUUCAACCACACAAGCAAAACAUUUGUUGUAAUUCAUGGAUGGACGGUUACGGGCAUGUUUGAGAGUUGGGUUCCUAAACUAGUAGAUGCCUUGUACAAAAGAGAACCAGAUUCCAAUGUUAUUGUUGUUGACUGGCUGACUAGAGCCCAACAACACUACCCUGUCUCUGCAGAAUAUACUCAGCUGGUUGGACAAGAUGUUGCAAGUUUUAUAGACUGGAUGGAUGACACAAUACAAUAUCCAGUAGAUAACAUUCAUGUCCUUGGAUACAGCCUGGGGGCUCAUGCAGCCGGUGUUGCUGGAAGUUUGACCAAUAAAAAAGUCAACAGGAUAACUGGCUUGGAUCCUGCAGGUCCUACCUUUGAAUAUGCAGAGAAAGAUAUUAUCUUGUCCCCUGAUGACGCAGAAUUUGUAGAUGUCCUCCAUACUUACACCAGGGGCUCUCCAGACCGUAGUAUUGGUAUUCAGAAGCCUGUAGGACAUGUUGACAUUUAUCCGAAUGGUGGGAGCUUUCAGCCUGGAUGCAAUCUUGGGGAAGCACUUCGACUUAUUGCAGAAAAAGGAUUUGGAGAUGUGGAUCAACUUGUGAAAUGUUCUCAUGAACGCUCCAUUCAUCUCUUCAUUGAUUCUCUCUUGUAUGAAGAUAAGCCAAGCAUGGCCUAUCGCUGCAGUUCUAAAGAAGCCUUUGAAAAGGGACUUUGCUUAAGCUGCAGGAAAAAUCGUUGCAAUAAACUGGGUUAUAAGGUCAGCAAAGUUCGGGGAAAGAGAAGCAGCAGGAUGUUCUUGAAAACAAGAGCCCAGAUGCCUUUUAAAGUUUUCCAUUACCAAGUUAAAGCGCACUUCUUCGCAAAGAAGAACUUGACUGUAACCGAUCAACCUUUAUUAGUUUCUUUGUAUGGAACCCGAGGAGAAAGUCUAAACAUGCCAAUUACAGUACCUCAAAUUUCUACCAACAAGACUUAUUCAUACUUGAUCUACACUGAAUUAGAUAUUGGAGAUCUUCUGAUGUUGAAAAUAAAGUGGGAAAAAGACUCCUAUUUCAGUUGGUCUGAUUGGUUUACCACUUAUUCAUUCGACAUCCAAAAGAUUCGAGUGAAAUCCGGAGAAUUCCAAAAAAAGUUAGUUUUCUGUGCUAAAGAAGGCAAUUUUGCCUCACUACAGAGAGGAAAGCGACAAGUGGUGUUUGUGAAAUGUAAUGAACACUCCAGAAAGAAGCAAGAAUGAUGUGAAACGGUUUUGCACAAAAUAUUUGCCAAUACUGAAAAAGCCAUCUUUGCAACUGGACCUACAAUCUCUCUUUCUCUACUGAAAGAAGACAUGAGUCUUGAAUUUUAACCCUAUAUUUUUAUGCCACUUACUGCAAAUAUUUAUUAUCUAAAAUAUUUAUAUAGUUAGAAUAUAUACAUAUAUUCAUGUGGAAAAUCUAGAUAUACAUGCACUUAGUAUAAGGAGGUGACUUGAAACUGCAGUCUUGCACUCCAUGUAAUUAUUUGGAGAUAUUUGAGAAUACACUGUGACAAAAUACCUUCAUGCUGGGCAGAAUAAAUACCAUCUUUUAGUGGAGAAAUAUUUAAACAGGUUUUAAAUACUUAACACAUCCUUAGUGCACUUUCACCAUUCCUAUUUAUUUAAACAUUUGCAGUAUUUGAUUUUGGAGGCAGAAUUAUGCAGGGGAUAGACAAGAACAAAAAUUAAUUCUCAGCUUAAGAGAUGUUACUACUUGUUGCAAGUUUAUUCUUUAAGCUUGAGUCAUGUAUACCCUUUAGACAGUGAAAUGAGAAUUGUGCUAACAAUUGUAGAUUUACAUUGGUACACCAAUUUUAUUUGUGGUUUCCUUCAUAGUUGCAUUAUUUAUAGCGGGCAUGAUUUAAUGUUUUUUGAAGAGAAAAUAUACUCUCUUGUUUGCAUAAAAGUUUUUACCCUCCAUUUAGUUUCUCUAAGACAUCUAAGGCAAUACUGAGGCAACAGGGUUUAUUUACUAAAGGAGUACAAAAUGCAAAAAUCUAAGCAAUUAACUAUGUAUUUUUUACUUUUAAUGCAACAUUCCAUUUAUGAAGUCCAACAUAACAACUAGUUGAAAUCAGGGACUACAUUUAGUAGCAGAUAAUAAAUGGAACAAGCAUUAGCAAGAGUUAGUAAACUGUGCACAAAUGGGUGAAAGCUGCACCUACGAGGAAAUUUCUAUGGUGAAACAUUGAGAGCUUAUUAGUACCAAAGGCAAAGGGAGUCCUGUAUUAAUUUCCUGCUCAAGGCACAUGUUAGGUACAGAGCACCCUAGAGUUAAGUGCAUUUUGUUCCCUGUACCUGAUGCACAAAAUGGCAUAUUGUACUGUACAGAACCAAAGCAGUCACAAGUGCAAUCUGCAUGGUGUAUUUCUGCACUUAUUUCAGUGCCUUGUGAUAGUAAAUGAGUCCUUUUAUUUAUGUGAACAGAAAUGUAUUUAACUCUAUACUGUAUAUCUAUAUUAAUGGUGAAAUUUGGGCAUUUUCUCAGAUGAAAUAAAAUGAGAGCUCUGAAAAAAUGCAUCUGAAAUUUCCCUUUUAAACAAAUGGUCAAUUUCCAUAUUUGCACUGGAGAAAUGUAACAUGCUUAUAGUUACUGUUGUAAAACUGGCAAUGCAAUGAUUCCCUGCAUCCCUCCAACCUCCCUUAAGUUGUUCAACAUAUCACACUAGCUUUAAAUUGGCUGAUUACCAUGUUAACUAUGUAUUAGCCUGUGUACGGGGCAAGGAUCACAUCAGGGAAUGUAGUGCCUCUUGUAGGGCAUGCACAAGCACCUUUUGUGAUAAGAUCGUGGGCCUGGGUGGUACAUAUCACAUAGUAAUUAAAGUAGAAAACAGACACACAUACAUAAAAUACAUUUUUUAAUCUAACAAAAACCUACCUAACUACUAGUUUGUACAGCUACCUUACAUAGUUUUUUUUUUUCUACUACACAUAAAAAGGCUGCAUUUGCACAGUUAAUUAUCAACUCGCUCUUUCCGUUAUCAGACCCCAUGAUGUGUAACUGACAGUACAUACUGUUUUUUGGUCAAUGAAUAAGAUAAAAUCUUUCAGUUGUUUCAGGUUACAUGCAGUAAUGGUACUAAAGGUUAGCAAAUCAGUUCAUUCAUAUCUCAUUUAAGUUCAAUUCAAGUUCACAAUUCAUUUGCAUUUAGUGUAUUAGCAAACAGAAAUUACUGAGGACAGAUUUGCAUUUGAUGAAUCUGAGAUUUAGAUAAAUUAAUUGCUUUAUGUUGCAUUUCUUCUUUAAUGUGGAUGAGCCUUGAACAAAUGCAGAAUGCUGACACUUCCUGCAUUUUCUUUUAUAUUGUUUAUUUUUCAGAUGAUAUUUUAGAAUUUAAUCAUGAAGCAGCACAAUGGGUAUAGUUUAUUACAAGAUGCUGGAAAUGAUCACUCAAUAGACUGUUGCUAAAGUCAUGCACUUUUUAAAAUGGAGCAUGAUCUAUUAUCUUGUGUUGAUAUUUGUAAAGUAGAAUGAAUAAUGAUCUUUCUAUAAUUGUAUUUUUAAAGUCAAAUAAUAAACAUAAUUGUGUAGUAUAAAUGUUUUGUGUGUCUUCAGGCAAAUUAAUGAUGAAAAUAAAUACAGAGGAGUUUAUAACAAGUGUUAUAAAGCGCCUUCAAGUCCAAAUACUUGUAUUCAUAAGAUUUAAGAUUUGAGAAAUAAGUGUUAAAUAAAAAGGCACAUUUACAAAUGCAAGUGCAAAGAAGAGAAUCAAAUUGUUUUUUUACCUCAACGCACUUUGUUUUUUUGAAUUCCAUUGUUCUAGCUGGUGCCUGCUACACAGCAUACAGCUCAAGUUGCAGCA